GUGCAUCUACAUCACAGUCCAGCUACCAAGAAAGUCUGCUUAAGUGUGCCAUUCUGUGAAGCUUUCUGGCGAGGGCAGAGACCAGUGCCAUAGCUCAGAGAGAGUAAGAGAGAUGAAGGUGGUGUGUGUGACAGGAGCAUCAGGAUAUAUAGCCUCAUGGUUGGUGAAACUCCUGCUACAAAGUGGCUACACCGUCAAAGCAACUGUUCGUGACCCGAGUGAUACAAAGAAGACCGGGCAUCUGCUUGCUCUAGAUGGAGCCAAGGAGAGACUUCAUCUUUACAAGGCAGACUUACAGGAAGAAGGAUCUUUCGAGUCCGUUGUUGAUGGAUGUGAUGGUGUCUUCCACACUGCAUCACCUGUGCUUCUCACCCCCAAAGACCCCAAGAUGGAGUUGAUAGAUCCUGCAGUGAUGGGAACAAUUAAUGUUCUUUCUUCUUGUGCCAAAGUCCCUACAAUCAAGAGAGUGGUGAUAACAUCUUCUAUAGUUUCAGUUGCAUUCAAUGGAAAGUCUUUGACUUCCGAUGUGACAGUAGAUGAGACUUGGUUUUCUGAUCCAGUCUUCUGUGAGAAAUCAAAGCUUUGGUAUCCAGUUUCAAAAACCUUAGCAGAAGAGGCAGCAUGGAGAUUUGCAAGAGAGAAGGGGAUCGAUUUGGUCACAAUGCAUCCUGGGUUCGUCAUCGGUCCCCUACUGCAGUCGUCACUUAAUCUCAGCGCGGAAUUGUUUCUCAACCUCAUAAAUGGAACUAAAACUCUUCCUGACACGAGCUACAGAUUUGUUGAUGUAAGAGACGUUGCACAUGCACACAUUCAAGCUAUCGAGUCUCCUUCCGCUAAUGGCAGAUACUGUCUUGUUCACAAAGUCGUGCAUUCUCAUGACGCUUUGAAGAUUUUGCAAGAGCUCUAUCCUUCUCUACACCUUCUUGAGAAAUGUGAAGAUGAAAAGCCUGCGGGGCCAACCUAUAAGGUAUCAAAUGAGAAAGCAAGAAGUCUGGGCAUCAGCUUCACUCCUUUGGAGGUGAGUUUUAAGGACACUGUGGAGAGCUUGAAAGAGAAGGGUUUCUUCAAGGACUGCUUGAAAUCCAGCAGCAAUCCAAGGAAUUCCCCUUUGCAUGGCAGUGAAACUCAAGCCUCCUUUGUCGAAAGGGAUAAAAGACAAAAUGGCGAUAAAGACAAUGGGUUUAAUAACCAAUAUUCUACGCGCAUGAAGGUGCAAGUGAUGCAAUCAAUUCAAGUGGACAGGAAGAUGUUCUGGCCUGCUAUCCCAGGGCUAAAUGUCAAUCCAAUUGAGCAACCGGCGACACCGCAUACACUCAAGAACACAGCGAGCAGGGAGAUCUCCUCAGGGCUCUUCAUAGGCUCCCUCAUCAUCAGCAUGCCCUACCAGUACCAGGACACCCUCAUUUCGCACAUUGACCCAUCCUUCGAUGUCAUCUUCUCGAGAGUCUCCUUGCAUUCAUUCAAGAGAAUUCCCACUUAUGAAUGUAUGGCACUCAGUAUCCCUCUUAUCCCCAGUUCCAAGGAGAAGAGAGGGGCUGAGAUGAGUACAGCAGAGAAGGUAGUGUGUGUAACCGGAGCGGCUGGUUACAUAGCCUCCUGGCUUGUCAAGUUGUUGCUUCAGAGUGGCUACACGGUCAAAGCAACUGUUCGCAACCCCAAUGAUCCAAAGAAGACACAGCACCUUCUGGAACUUGAAGGGGCUAAGGAGAGACUAUAUAUGUUCAAAGGAGAAUUGCAGGAAGAAGGGUCUUUUGACUCAAUAGUUGACGGGUGCGAAGCUGUUUUUCAUACAGCAUCACCCGUUUUUUUCACAGCUUCCAACCCUGAGGCUGAAAUAGUCAAUCCUGCAGUUAAAGGUACCCUAAACGUUCUCAGAUCAUGUGCAAAGUGCCCUUCUGUCAAGAGAGUGGUUCUGACAUCCUCCAUGGCUGCGGUUGUGUGCAAUGGGAAGCCUCUGACCUCUGAUGUGGUAGUUGAUGAGACAUGGUUCUCCGAUCCGGCAUUCUGUAAGGAAUCAAAGCGUUGGUAUGUGCUAUCUAAAACCUUAGCUGAGCACGCAGCUUGGGGUUUUGCAAGAGACAAUAGGAUGGACCUGAUCGUGAUAAACCCUGGACAUGUGAUUGGUCCUCUAUUGCAGCCUACCAUCAAUCUCUCUGUGGAGAUGAUACUGAAGGUCAUCAAUGGAGCUCAAACAUUUCCCAACAUCUCUUACAAAUUUGUUGAUGUCAGAGAUGUGGCACAUGCACAUAUUCUAGCUCUUGAAAAUCCUUCAGCUAGAGGAAGAUAUUGCAUGGUAGGGGAAGCUAUACAUUGUCAUGGCGUUUUGAAGAUCCUGCACAACUUUUAUCCUACACUGCACCUCCCUGAAAAAUGUGAAAAUGACGAACCAUUCGAGUUAGCUCCUCGGGUGUCAAGGGAAAAGAUUGAAGGUCUGGGUGUGAAGUUCAUUCCUUUGGAGGUCAGUCUAAGAGACACUGUGGAAAGCCUCAAGGAGAAAGGUUUCCUCUCUGUUGGAGCUUCCUGAUAAGCGACGAGGAAAACCCUAUACUUACAGUCCUAAUAAGUUUCUGGAUAAAAUUUAAUGCUUCCCUUGUAUGAGACUCCAUCGAAGCAUGCAUAAGGUCUUAUUAUCACUUGCUCAGUGUAAGUUUGCAGACUCUAAACUUGAAAGUUGAUGAUGAACGUUGUUUGUUGAAGCAA